CGUGAAUCGGCUGCGUGUGUGAGCUUCUUUCGACACGCUUCUGAUACACGGUGUGUUUGUAGUGACUGAACUAAUGGCGCCUACAGGUGAAGUUGUGUUUGGCUCCGGGGAUCGGGUCUGUGCGGACAACCACUUGCAAUGGGAUUUAACUCCGGACCAGAUCAACCAGCUUACCAAUGAGCUUAUUGCUAAAACCAAAAAGGUGUACGACACUGUGGGCGCCCUGGACUUGGCCAGCGUCAGCUAUGAGAACACUCUGAAGGCCCUCGCUGAUGUAGAAGUGGACUACACUGUCCAGCGGAACAUGUUGGACUUCCCUCAGCACGUGUCCUCAUGCAAAGAUGUCCGCACGGCCAGCACUGAAGCUGAUAAGAAGCUGUCAGAGUUUGAUGUGGAGAUGAGCAUGCGGGAGGAUGUUUAUCAGAGAAUCGUGGCUCUGGAGAAGAAGCUUUCAGAUGGUGGUUUGUCGACCGAAGCCAAGCGUUACAUGGAGAGGCUCAUAAAGCUGGGUAAAAGAAACGGCCUCCAUCUUCCAAAAGAGAAACAGGAGGAGAUCAAAAAGAUCAAGAAGAAGCUGAGCAAUCUGUGUAUCGAUUUCAACAAACACCUGAACGAAGAUACAACCAUCUUGACUUAUUCUCGGGAGGAGCUCGGGGGGCUCCCUGAGGAUUUCCUCAACUCUCUGGAGAAGGAUGAGUCUGGAAAGCUGAAGCUAACUCUGAAGUACCCUCAUUAUUUCCCCACCAUGAAAAAAUGCUUCGUCCCAGAGACACGGAAGAAAUUAGAAGAGGCCUUUAACUCGCGCUGUAAAGAGGAGAAUUCUGCUAUCCUGAAGGAGCUGGUGGAGUUGCGCUCUCAGAAGAGCAGCCUGCUGGGCUUCUGCGCGCACGCCGACUUUGUUCUUGAGAUGAACAUGGCCAAAUCCUCCAAGAAGGUCGCUGCCUUCCUUGAGGAUCUGUCCCGUAAGAUGAAGCUCCUGGGUGAGGAGGAGAGAGCGGUGAUCCUGAAGCUGAAGGAACAAGAGUGUAAGAAGAGAAACCUACCGUUCACCGGAGAGAUUCACGCAUGGGACACGCGCUACUACAUGACCCAGGUGGAGGAGACCCAGUAUGCCGUGGAUCAGAACCUGCUGAAGGAAUAUUUUCCCAUGGAGGUGGUGACUCAGGGUCUGCUGGGCAUCUAUCAGGAGCUGCUCAAUCUCACCUUUCAGCAGGUGGAAGAUGCCCCCGUCUGGCAUGAUGAUGUCACAUUGUACUGCGUUAAGGAUCGCACCUCUGGACAGGUUGUGGGGCAGUUUUAUCUAGAUCUCUUCCCCAGAGAGGGCAAGUACGGCCAUGCAGCAUGUUUUGGCCUCCAGCCGGGCUGUUUGCUCUCGAAUGGGACCAGACAGAUGUCUGUGGCUGCCAUGGUGGCUAAUUUCAGCAAGCCCACCGCAGACGCCCCGUCCCUGUUGCAGCACGACGAGGUGGAAACAUACUUCCACGAGUUCGGACAUGUGAUGCACCAGCUCUGUGCUCAGGCUGACUUUGCGAUGUUCAGCGGGACUCAUGUGGAGCGAGAUUUUGUGGAGGCACCGUCUCAAAUGUUGGAGAACUGGGUUUGGGAGAAAGAACCUUUGCAGCGCAUGUCCAAACAUUACAAAACCGGAAACCCAAUCCCAGAGGAGCUUCUGGACAAACUCAUCAAGUCUAGACUCGCCAAUACAGGGCUGUUUAACUUGAGGCAGAUUGUUCUGGCCAAGGUGGACCAGGCUUUGCACACUAAGACCGGGCUUGACGCCGCUGAGGAAUAUGCCAAGCUCUGCCUGGACAUACUGGGAAUUCCUGCCUCACCAGGGACAAACAUGCCUGCCACCUUUGGUCACUUGGCAGGAGGUUAUGAUGCUCAGUAUUACGGUUACCUGUGGAGUGAAGUGUUUUCAAUGGACAUGUUCUACGCCCGUUUCAAACAGGAAGGCAUUAUGAACCCCAAGGUGGGUUUGGACUACAGGAAGUGCAUCCUGAAGCCCGGAGGCUCAGAGGAUGCCUUCGAUAUGCUGAAGAAGUUCCUAGGAAGAGAACCUAAACAGGAUGCGUUCUUUCUGAGCAAAGGACUCACGGUGGAGGUGGAGCCCGGCACACCCUGUGCAUGCUGACUGCUUAAUGGCUAGAAUGAGCCGUCAAAAACCUCAGAAAGACUGAAAACUCCUUUAAAACUCAUGAUUCACGUAUUAAAGCCUUUCCCAUCCCAGCACUUCUCAAACAGUUUUUGACAAAAUGAAAAAAUUGUAACAAAAGCCGUCUAAAAACAUGGAACAAAAACAAAUUGUCUUGACUCCUUUUGUUUUUUUGGAAAUGUUGCCAGUGCUUCAUUAGGGCAACACCUCUGAAAUCCCUUCAGGGAUUUCAUGACAAUGACAUCAUAUAGAUGUCACAUACAUGGUACUAUCUGUGUGAAACUCAACAUAUCACCAGGAAAAUUGUAUUGAAUGAUCACCGAAAAAAAAGGUCCAUGUCAUAUUUCAUAAUACUCAAAUGAAAGCAAAGUAAAUUUAAUGUGGAAUCAAUGUUUAUAAUAAUGUUUGUAACAUUGAUUCAACAUUAAUUCAGUUUUCUUUACUAUCUGCAUUAAUUGUUUUUUUUAGGAAAAACGAAACAUUUAGAUUUUUUUGUGCAUUGGGUUUUUUUGGUCAAUAUUUUUACUACAAUAUGAACUUCAAAUGCAGUACCAAUGCUCAAAGUAUUUAUCACAUUGUGGUAAAAUAAGUUGGAUGAGAAAAUGUUAUUUAAAUGUAAUCAAUAUAAUAUGACUUGGGCAUGUUCUUGACAGGUUGCGUAAGAUAUGCACCCUAUUAAAAGUUGAGGUUUUAAUUAUUUUUCUCAACAGUUUGUUGCAUAUUUAUUGCACAAUCUUGCCUUGGGCAAAUGCAGAUUUGAUACUGACUGAAAGCAUAAACCUGUCAGCCGAUUCCUCUGUGACUUUAAGCUUGAGUUAUUCUCUCUCAGGACUGAGCACAUUAGAGAUCCGCGAAGAAAACAACUCUGUGUAACAAUUAACACAUUCACAAGCCAAAUAAAAAAUCACCUGCACCUCUG